UAAGAAAAUGUGAUGAAACUUUUCUCAAUGAUAAAAAUUACUUAAAAAAUUUUAGAUAAAUUUAAAAAAAUAAUUAAAAUAUCUGAAUAAAUUGCUGAAGACAUGGUACGGACAUACUACAAUCAAAUUUCACUAUCGCCUUGGGAAAAGGCUAUGCAAAAUGCAGACAAUCAUAUGGAAAACAAUCAUACAGGGAGAAAAAUGUUUUCGAAUGUUAACACAACAACAAGUUCUAUAAAGUUUAAUUCAGACAACAAUAAUGCCGCACUACCACCAAUAAAAGAGGGGCGCCAAAAAAUGUUAAAGGAGUUAGAGUAUGAGGUUGGCAAAGCUGCAUCAAGAUUAAAGGAAAAAUUCGGUAACAUUAAACGAGAGUGUUCUCUCUACGAUCCCACAAAUAAUGGAUAUAUAUCAAUCAAUACAAUUGCAGAGAUACUCAAGCGCUUUAAGGUUCCUGAACAAGAAGCAGAACAAAAAAUACUCGUAGCAAGUUUCACAGAAAAUGAAAAAGUUCGUUACACAAAUGUUUUAGAUUACAUUUUACAUUGUCAAACGUUAUUUGAGAACAAAGUUAAAGAGUCGCAAAAGACAACAACAUACGAGAUCGUUCCUCAAACAUCAAAAGCCGAUAGCUUAAUUGGUAGAUUUGACUCAACUGCUAGCUCCCAAAGUGAACGUCAAAGCGAAUACCGGCCUAACCGUAAAGAAGUGGCGCAGCAAAGACUCAAUGAUCGCAGAGAUGCUUCACUUAUGAUAGAGGUUGACAAAGCACUUAAAAACACACGAAUAGACCGAAAUGAGUUGAUUGACGCAUUAGAAGAGACAUUAAUUUUAAACUACACUGGGAAAACUAUAGUCAAUGAGCAGAUGAAAAAACUGGUAGAACGACAUAAUCUUCCGCUAAAUCCUGCUCUAACUUUAAAAUGCAUUCAAGUGUGUGACACAGAAAAUAUUGGAAAAAUUAGAUGGGAAAAUUUUAUAAACCUUCUCCGUAAAUCAGUUGGUGAAAGAAAACAGAACUCAGAUAACAAAUCUGGAAAUUUGCCAAUAAAGGCUCAAUGGGAAACAACACGACCACUAAGUGAUAUAAGUUCAAAAAAAACAAAAAGAGCCACCAAUGAUUUAAAUGAAUCUUUCGACUCCAAUGAUGACAUAAAUGUGAAUUAUUCAAGCAGCUCACAGAACAGUUAUGAAUGGAACAACUUUGGGACUUCUACAUCUGAAAUAAACCAUCAAAACAACAAUUUCAAUUAUGUUCAAAAGAAAACUCCAUUAAUUAUGACUCCAGAAAAUUAUGAAAAUCAAGAACAUACUAAUCAGUUUAAUAGUAAAUAUGAGAAUGAAACAAAAUAUGAAACAAGACAAGUUCAAAUUGAUGAUGACAUUGAAGCUGCUUUUUUUAAUUCAUUACAACAAAUCAGAAACGAAAAAAAGUAUCAGCAGGAAUAUACAACGCCAAAAAUAGAGUUUUCCAGAUAUGGUGCCCGAGGGGAAAUAUAUAAGAAGGUUGCACAAGCACUUUAUGAUAAGGGAAAACGAACCAAUGGAAAUAUCAUGUGUGAUGAAGUUCGAAAGUUGAUCAAUUAUUAUAACUUAAUAUUGGAUGCAGAUUUCAACGAUGAACAAGUUCAAGAUUUGCUUUUAACACAUUCAAAUAAUGAUCAAAUAAGAGUGGAAGAUUUUGUGAAUGCUUUUGGAACAAAAAUUUUAUAGAAACAUGCAUUGUACAUGCAUUAAACUUUGUAUUUUAUAAAUAGGACGAUUUAUGAAAAAUUGUAAUAAAUGCUGUUAUGUAAA